GUUCCCUCAAAGCUGCUGCCAUUUGCUAUUUUUCUACCGACAGCUUUAGCUUGCCUUUGUCCACAAAUCAUGCAUUUUUCAGAAUUGCAAUUCAUUUUUCGUUUAUCCACUUAACCUUAUUCUCUAUAAAAUACGUUUCUUUGAUUCCCAUUCACAUUAGCAAACUCAAAACCUACCUUUCUCUCUGCAAGAAUCCAAACAAAAUCAAAGUUCAUUGAUAAACAAAAUUGCUGGAAAAAAUGGAAGGUGUUGUUGCUUAUGACAAUGAUCUCAACCUCAAGGCAACUGAGCUCAGACUUGGGUUGCCAGGAACUGAAAGAAAUCAAGAACAAGAAGUUUCUUGUGCUAGAAACAACAAGAGGCCGUUGCCGGAGACCGGAGAUCACAGUGGUGAAACAAAAGCCAAAUCUGAUGCUCCUGAAUCACCCCGUGCCCCUAAAGCACAGAUAGUGGGGUGGCCGCCAAUUCGAUCCUACAGGAAAAAUAGUUUGCAGCAGCCAAAGCAGACUGAGGCUGACUCUUCUGGGAUGUACGUGAAAGUGAGCAUGGAUGGAGCACCAUACCUUAGAAAAAUUGACCUCAAGGUUUACAAUUGUUAUCCCGAGCUCCUCAAGGCCUUAGAGAACAUGUUCAAGUUCACCGUAGGUCAGUACUCAGAGAGAGAAGGCUACAAAGGAUCAGAAUAUGCACCUACUUAUGAGGACAAAGAUGGUGACUGGAUGCUGGUUGGAGAUGUUCCAUGGGAUAUGUUCAUGUCGUCUUGCAAGAGGUUGAGAAUCAUGAAAGGAUCAGAAGCGAGAGGCUUGGGCUGUGGAGUAUGAAAAGCCCCACAAGCCACAGCAGCAACCCAAAGGAUCAGGGAGAAGACAAGAUUUUUGUCUCCUAUUAAGAUAAAAAUCUUUGCCGCCUGUGUUCUUCAAGAAAAUAUCAAAUCUGAAUCUCUGGGGUGACGCUAUUGACAGAUCCUCCACAGCUGAACAGGAAAAAGAUGUCACAGUUCUUUCAUAGGAUGAGAGGAAGCAAGAGAUUUGGUGGUCUGGACAUCUAUCAUGGUGUCAUUUUUGUUGGUCCUUGUAAUCUCAUCAAUCCAAAAUAUUCCUUCAAA